AUGGAUUCCAUGCCAAUAAAAGGUAUUCCUCUGAGAGGUCUUAGCCAACACGAGGCUUUCAACGACGUUUUCACCGAAGCUUUCAAGCUGAUUGGCCUGGAAAAUGGAAAGCAUGUUGAGCACGACAAUGAUCCUGCAACCGUACACCAUGAGGAGCACGUCAAUGCUCCUGCAACCAUACACCAUGAGGAGCACUUGCCCAACGGUAUCUCAGAGACCGAGGCUGCUCUGCAGGAAGAGCAGUUUAUUGGCACCAUCGACCAAGGCACAACUUCUUCACGAUUCAUAAUCUUUGAUGCCUAUGGAACACCCGUUGCUAGUCACCAAAUUGAGUUUGAGAAUAUCUAUCCCGACUCUGGGUGGCAUGAACACGAUCCUGCCGAAUUACUCUCCUCUGUGGAACAAUGCAUCGAGCAUGCGACUAGGCAGUUCAUAGACAAAGGUUACAACAAGGUGCAGAUCAAGGCCAUCGGUAUCACAACGCAGCGAGAAACGACAGUCUGCUGGGAUAUAAAUACGGGCGAGCCACUUUACAACGCAGUUGUCUGGCCAGAUACUCGCACUAAUGCGAUUGUUCGAGAGCUCAAGCAGAAGCCUGGUGCUGACGAGUUACAAGAUAUUUGUGGGCUGCCACUGUCAACCUAUCCAUCUAGCGUUAAGUUCUACUGGCUCUACAGGAAUGUUGAAGCUAUUAAGAACGCCUACGAUGAGAGCAGAAUUGCCUUUGGGACGAUUGAUACCUGGUUGAUUUACAAGCUGAACGGUGGAAAAGCAGCCAAUGUGCACGUUACAGACACUACGAACGCUUCUCGUACUAUGUUUAUGAAUCUCCACACCUGUCAGUACGACGACAAGCUGUUAAGCUUCUUCGGAAUCGACAAGAACAAAUUGAAGCUUCCAAAAAUCGUUCCUUCCUCACAUAUAGACGCUUUUGGAGCUCUUGCGUACGGUCUUUUGAAAGGCCACAAGAUUACAGGUUGUCUCGGGGAUCAGUCAGCAGCUUUGGUUGGUCAAUGCGGAUUUAAGCCAGGACAUGCCAAAAACACAUACGGAACCGGAUGUUUCAUGUUGUACAAUGUUGGACAUAAACCCGUCAUCUCCCAAUACGGCCUUCUGGCAACCGUUGCAUACGAUUUUGGGGCUAAUGGGAAACCAACCUAUGCUCUGGAAGGUAGUGUCGCAGUUGCUGGAUCUGGUGUUAAGUUCUUGAUGAACAACAUGGGUUUCAUCAAGCAUUCGAGUAAAAUUACUGAAUUGGCGGAGACCGUCCCGGACAAUGGUGGUGUAGUUUUUGUCACUGCGUUUAGCGGCUUGUUUGCUCCUUAUUGGAUUGAUGAUGCCAAGGGAACACUAUUUGGAAUUACUGCCCAUACACAGCGUGGCCAUAUCGCCCGCGCCACUCUUGAAGCCACCUGUUAUCAAACCAAAGCCAUCUUGGACGCCAUGGAGAAGGAUUCGGGACACAAGCUAGAAGGUCUCGCAGUAGAUGGAGGAAUGUCCAACUCUGAUCUAUGCAUGCAAACGCAAGCAGAUAUCAUUGGCAUCCCUGUCAACAGGCCAGUCAUGCGAGAAAGCACAGCCCUCGGAGCAGCCAUCGCGGCAGGGUUCGCUGUGGGUAUCUGGCAAGAAUUUGAUGAACUGAUGGAAAUGAACAAGGAAGAUAGGACCAUCUUCGAGUCAAAGAUUGAUAAGAAGAAGAGUGAGCGUAUGUUUAAGAAAUGGACACAGGCUGUGGAAAUGUGCAAGGGGUGGGUGCUUGAUUCCGAUGAGUAG